UGGAAAAACCAUAGCUUUGACUAGCCAGACCUAAUGGGAAAUGAUAAAAUUCUCCAAAUAGUGAAUAAAAUGGGAAUAAAAAAGAUGUAGAAAGAAUAUGGAUUUGAAUCCUGACUUUACUACUUAAUUCCCAGGGGAUUAUGGACAAGCUACCUUACAGCAGCAGUCCCCAACAUUUUUGGCACCAGGGACCAGUUUCAUGGAAGAUAGAUUUUCCACAGAAGGGGUGGGAUGAUUCAAGUACAUUACAUUUAUUGUUCCCUUUAUUUCUAUUAUCUUUACAUCAUCUCCACCUCAGAUCAUCAGGCAUUAGAUCCCAAAGGUUCAGGGCCCCUACCUUACAAGAUUGUGUGAGAAUCAAUUUAGCUAACAUCAGCAAAAAUGGUACAAGGUCCAUCCCUACCGCAAAACAAUUUUGGGGAACUGUGUAGGGCAACAUGUGGGAGCUUAGUUCCCUGACCAGGGAUCAAACACUUAUCCCCCUGUAGUGGAACCUCGGAGUCUUAAUCACUGGACCACCAGGGAAGUCCCAAAACAGUUUCUUAAAUUAAUUUUUGAAACAUCUUUUAAAACUUGACAAAACCUGUCAGAAACUACCUUACCAGAUCCUAGAAGAUAGUCAAAGGUUUACAGCAAACAAGCAGAUGUAUAAAUGUUAUAGACUGGGGUCCUUGGACUCUCUAAAAAUGUUUAUUUUUAUCUUUGGCUGCACUGGGUCUUCAUCAUGCGUGGAUUUUUCUGUAGUUGUGGCGAGGGGGCUACUCUGUUGGGGUGCACAUUGUGGUGGCUUCUCUGGUUAUGGAGCAUGGGCUUAGUUGCUACAAGGCAUGUGGGAUUUUCGUAGACCAGAGAGGGAACCAGUGUCCCCUGCAUUGGCAAGCGGAUUUCUAUCCACUGUACGACCAGGGAAGUCCCCUUGGACUCCUUAUCGAUAGAAAUUGAUGAGGUCAGACUUUGUGCUGCAGUAAGAGGACGUGAAAACAAACAUCAGGUGGCCCUGCUCCAGGAGCUGGGGUGACCUGGUUCUUUAAAUAGGGUGAGGGUAGGAACUGAUCCGAGGGAGGCUUAACUUGGGUGGUCUGCCCACCCUUGCAAGGAUCCGGCACAGGACCCUUCUUUUGCUCUCAAGAGCACAGGGCUGGAGCAGGUGGGAUUAGAGCAGGUGGCUGGCAUAGGCUGCAGCACCAGUCAGAGCUGCAUUGCCUCUGAUGUGCUCCUCAGCAAGUGCACCGAUGCCUCCUCUACCCCGUUUAGGGGUCUGAGCCUGUUCUGUGCCUCCCAGUCUUGCAGUCACCUCAGGUGCUGCACCUUUACCCUAACAUGGAGCUGUGGGUGUGUGCUGGGCUGUGUGCUGGGGCGGUUCUAGGAAACCAGCAGAACCCAGGCAGCGUCACUCUGCUUCCUCUUGUUUCUGGAGUAAGCAGGCUUGUGCGUGUCCCUCACGAGUGGAGUCUAGGGUUCUUAUAGCCUUCCUAUUAGUUCCACUGGUUUUCAUGCCACCUAAGGGGGUAUGUCUUCCCACUGUCAGACACUAGGACUAGGGUGCCCAAUAGUGGCUAAAACCGCCCCUUCCCCAGGAAAGGUCUUCAGGCCUGUGUCACUCUCUCCUCUUUUGUGUCCCCUUCCAGGUUGCAGGUCCUGAGCCAAUUACUUCUCUUCCCUUCCUAUUUGAUUCUGUGUGGAUCUUUCUUACAAGCUUGGUUUUACAAGGCUGUCUGUCUCCAAUUUGUCUUCAGUGAGGAUUGCUCCACAUGUAGAUGUAUUUUUGAUGUGUUUGUAAGGGUAGGCGAACUUUGUGUCCUCCUACUCUGCCAUCUUGAUCUCCCCUCCCUGGAAUCAGUAAUCUUAUUUCUGAAGGGUCAAUGUGCUGCUUUAAAAAUGUGUAAUAAAACAUUUAAAACCCAUAGAAUGCUGCAAGUUGAUCUGAAGCAUAAAAACCCAUAGAAUGCAUCAAGAACCAUCAGACAAUAAUUACAGUAAAGUCUUAACUAUCAUUGUAUUGCUCUGCUGUGAUCCCAGCAGAUUCAGGCUAGAAUUCUCUUUAUUAUCUACUCCACAUUAUUGCUCAGACAUUCUAGAAUGUAGUGCAUGUGAUAAUCCCUUCAUUGUUUAGACUCAUAGGUUUCCAUGACCUUUCGCUGCAAGCCCAACCCACCAGCACUAAUUCUAUCCAUAUUAAAAUGACAAGAUUUUUUUUUUAAAAGAUGUCUUUCUGCAUCCAACGUAGUUGUUAAAAAUUUUCUUAGUGAGGUAACAUUCUGGAAAUCUGAGCCUGAGAACCUGAGUGAGGAACUCUACUUCCCAUGGAACCAUCUGACAUGACCUAUCUAGCUGGACUUUGGCAGACAAACUGAGUUCAUCAACAGUUGGAAGUCUUAAAAUUGCAAGUGCCUUGAUGGAUUCGUUUAUGGUAUAGAUGUGAUGAUGGCUUCUUGGGUGUUGGAAAUUAAUAACUGUUCCAUCUUCUAAAUAUAGUACUGUCAUUGGACCAAAAUGUUUCUGAUGCCAGCUUCUUCAGAGUUAAACAGUGGGCAGAACUUCUUAACCCAGUGGAUGGCGAAUCCUUCUCGGGCUGGGGUCAUAUUAAAUCGUGGAUUUCCUAUUUUAGAAGCAGAGGAAGAGAAGCCAGCAAAUGUGAACUUUUCUGCCAGCUUUCCUAUUAAAGCCACAAAAUUUUCAAAUAGUUUCAGCUUUAUAAGGGAAGAAGAUUCACUUCAUGAAGAACAGAAAUUGGAGCCUAACAGCCCGUACAAGUUACAGUCAGAUAAAUCUGAACCACAGAGAGUCUUUCCUUUAACUAAAGAGGGGCUACAGAUAGUGGCACGUCAGGAUGCUCCUGGACAAUGGGAAGAUAGCAAAAAUGAGUUCAUUGCAGAUCUUUUAAGUGAAUUCAAAGAAGUGCCUUUUAAAGACCCACUUGUUAAAAAGCUUGAACAGCUUAAAGAAGAGCAACAGAAGAAGCAGGAGCAGCUGAAGAAGCGGCAGCUCGAGCAGCUGCAGAGGCUCAUGGGAGAGCAGGAGGAGCUACUUGCCUUGGUGUCUGGGCAGCAGACACUCCCAGGUUUAACUCCACUGCCUGAUGACCAGAGCCAGAAAAAGUACAAACCUCUGGGAAAUUUAACCACUGUAGAGAAAACCACGCCCUUCUUGCCAUCAUAUAUCUACCAGAAUCAAAGCCAAGAAAAAAAGCACCCUUCUAGCAUUUUAUCCAGUGAACAAAAUGACUUCUCUAGAACUGCUCAUCAGGAUUUUGUUUUAACUUCAAGAAGUGGUGCUUCUCCCAGUGUGUUUUAUGAGGCACAGUGUCAGGAAGCCCUUGUGGAAAAAAAUGAUUUGAAGGAAGAAAAUGAUAACUCUUCGAAAGGAGAAGGUAUUUUACCAUGUUUGGAGAAAAUGACGGAACAGAUUCAGGAAGGGAACGAUACGAACUUAAAAAAAAUUGAUGAUUCCUCAGAAGUGGUUAAUAUUGAAGAAAGGCCUAUUAAAGCUGCUAUUAGAGAAAGAAAACAAACUUUUGAAGACUACUUAGAGGAACAGAUUCGGUUGGAAGAACUAGAACUGCAACAAAAACAGCUAAAGGAAGCAGAAGGAUCUUUGCUUAUCAAAGCAAAACCAAAACAACCAUUCUUAAAACGAGGAGAAGGUUUAGCCAGAUUUACUAAUGCUAAAUCUAAGUUUCGGAAGGGGAGAGAAAGUAACCUAGCCACCACUCAGAGCAUUUCAGAGGACCAGCCUGUGUUUAAAUCAGAUAAACAACAAUUCCAACGGAAAACUGCUCUUAUAAAUAAAGAAAUCUGUACAGAGAACCUUCCUGUUAAAAAGAACAGUAAAGUCAGAACCAAGUGUGGUUCGCUCACACUCAGUCAGAAGCCAAAAGUGCUUAAGAGUAAUAGUAGGAAAAGUCUUUCUCCAUCAAGAUUGAAAAUGCCAGCCGGGAAGAAAUGUGAUGGGCAAUUCAGAGAGCAGAUCAGUUUAGGAAAAAAAGUGGAAUCUAAUAAUAAAGAAAAUGUACCUGAGUGUACAAAACCUUGCGAUGUUGGUUGCACAAUCUGGAAUAAGGCACGCAGUAAAGACAGACUUCCCAUUUCCACAGGACUCAUCAGCUGUAUGGCUUCUCAGAGCCCAGCAAGUGAAACUUUGAAAGGGUCAGAAUCUUCUCUUGAUGUUUCUCUUCGGAAAAAGUUAGAGAAUUGGGAACGAGAAAAGGAAAAGGAAAAUUUGGAAUUAGAUGAAUUUUUGUUUUUAGAACAAGCUGCUGAUGAAAUAUCAUUUUCUAGUAACUCCUCAUUUGUACUGAAGAUCUUAGAGAGGGACCGGCAGAACUGCAGAGGUCGCCGGCUGUCUUCUACCCCUGUCAAAGGUGUGCGGGAAGAGAAGACAGCAACACUGGGUUCUUUUAGUCAUCAUAGCCAAAACGAGGAUCCGGACCAUGCCCAGUGUGGAAGCAAGGCUGAGUGCGAGGUUGCUCCCAGACAACUUGAUUCAGUGUUCUCACCGGGAGGAUUGUGGGCGCCGUCCUGUGAAGUCAGGAGGAGAGUGUUCCAAACGAACCCUCCUGAAAGGCAGACCAGGUGGAAUGCAGGUGAUGGUGAAGGUGUUACAGACAGUGAUCAUAGCACCGAUUUGGAGGAACAGCUUGACGUCACUAUAAAGCUGUCAUCUGAGGGUAAGGAAAGGAGUUCCAGCAGCAGAGAAGAUAGUCCACAAGUCUGUGAUGGUAAGGGACCUUUUCGGGACAUCACGACUCAAGAGGAAGAGAAAAGGAGAGAUGUUGAUUUAGAUUUGUCUGAUAAGGAUUAUAGCAGUGAUGAUUCUCUCAUAAUAGAAAGCUUGAAAAAUAAAGUUUCUGAUUCCUCCAGAAGACACUCAUCUAUAAGUGUGAAUAAAAUUGACUUUGAUGAUGAAAGAACUUGGACUGACCUUGAAGAUAAUUCAUUUAAACAUGAUGGUGUUCUUGGGAAUGAAGCCAUUUAUGGGACUCCCCAGACAACCAGCCCUAACAAGAGUGAAAUGUGUGUACUGGACAAAACGAUAAAAAGGAAGGUUGUGCCAGUCAAGAAGGGAGAAGACUUGGGUAAAUCCAGUAGGGACCCAAGCCCUCCUCCUACCUCAGAUCUGAUGAUAGAAUUCUUUCCUUCUCUGAAAUCGAAGUCAAAGUCACACUCACGCUCGAGAAAUGAUCCCAAGUUAAACACAAGUCAAGACCACCCACCUGGUGGCAAUGCUCGAUCUCAAAUUUUGAGAGAGAAAAUUACUGAAUUGGAAACAGAAAUAGAAAAAUUUAAAGCUGAGAACGCAUCUUUAGCUAAACUUCGCAUUGAACGAGAAAGUGCCUUGGAAAAACUCAGGAAAGAAACUGCUGACUUUGAACAACAGAAAGCCAAAGAAUUGGCUCGAAUAGAGGAGUUUAAAAAGGAAGAAAUGAGGAAGUUACAAAAGGAACGCAAAGUUUUUGAAAAGUAUUCUACAGUUGCAAGAACUUUUCCAGAUAAAAAGGAACGUGAAGAAAUACAAGCUUUGAAGCGGCAGGUGUCUGAUUUACAGGAAGAUCUGAAAAGAAAGGAAGCAAAGUGGUCCAGUACACAAGGCCGUCUUAGAAGCCAGAUAGAAAUGUUGGUCAGAGAGAACACUGACCUCCGGGAGGAAAUAAAAGUGAUGGAAAGGUUCCGACUGGAUGCCUGGAAGAAAGCAGAAGCCACAGAGAGCAGCACCAGGAUGGGUCAGUGUGUGACCGCCUCAAAGAAAGAUGGGUUCUUGAAUUCAUCAGUUCGAUUUCAAAAGAGUCAGAUUUCUUCAGGAACCCAGGUAGAAAAGUACAAAAAAAAUUAUUUGCCAACACAAGGCAGUGCAUCUCAAAGAUCCAAGUCUGAGCCUCGUGAUUUAGGCAGCUCAGAGAAGGGACAGAUGGCCUCACCCAGGGAGCUGCCUGAACCAGUGAACUUUUCAGAUCCUGAUUAUAAAGAGGAGGAUGAAAAAGAGGAAAUUCAGGGAGAAAUCAGCCAUCCUGAUGGAAAGAUAGAGAAGGUUUAUAAGAAUGGGUGCCAUGUUGUAUUGUUUCCAAAUGGAACGCGAAAGGAAGUGAGUGCAGAUGGGGAGACCGUUACUGUCACUUUCUUCAACGGUGAUAUCAAGCAGGUCAUGCCAGACGGGAGAGUGAUCUACUACUAUGCAGCCACGCAGACUGCCCAUACCACGUUCCCAGAAGGGCUGGAAGUUCUACAUUUCUCUAAUGGCCAGAUAGAAAAACAUUUCCCAGAUGGAAGAAAAGAAAUCACAUUUCCUGACCAGACAAUCAAAAACUUGUUUGCUGAUGGACAAGAAGAGAGCAUUUUCCCAGAUGGUACAGUUGUCAGGGUACAACGAGAUGGCAACAAAAUCAUAGAGUUUAACAAUGGCCAAAGAGAACUGCACACGGCCCAGUUCAAGAGACGGGAGUAUCCAGACGGCACUGUGAAAACUGUGUACACAAAUGGGCAUCAGGAGACCAAGUACACAUCUGGUCGAGUAAGAAUGAAAGACAAGGACGGUAAUGUGCUCAUGGACACAAAACUGUCAUGAAACUUGUGUGACUCAUCAUGAAAUGACACUAACUUGAUUUUCUUGUUAAAAAGAAAUGUACAUUUCUUGUGGAUUCUGUGGUUUAAUUUAUAUACUCUGUGUCUGUGCGUCUGUGUGUAUAUAUAAAUAAAUAGAAAAGACUUUGGA